AUGGCUACUCACGCAGACUCAGUGCAUCCAGCUUGCAAGGUCGUGCUAUCUAAGAACGUCGCAAAUAGCCUCGUUGCGGAAGUCCAGGAAGGUGUCAAGACCUUGGAGAAGCCACCUCAUCUUGUCGGAUUCCUGGCCAACGAUGAUCCUGCGGCAUUGAUUGGAUUCCGUUAUUCUUUGCGCCAAGUGUCCCGCGACGAUAUCGAAGAUGCUAUUCUGGCUGCCAAUGCCGACUCAGACGUUGACGGCAUCAUCGUAUACUACCCCAUCUUCAAUAAUCGCCAAGACCAGUAUCUUCAGCAGAUCGUCGACGUAUCCAAAGAUGUAGAAGGUCUCAGCCAUCGUUACAUCUUCAAUAUGUACCAGAAUAUCCGUUUCCUUGACCCUGAAACCAAGCGGCAGAAGUGCAUUCUUCCUUGCACCCCCCUGGCCAUCAUCAAGAUCCUCGAGUACCUCAACAUCUACAAUACGAUCCUACCGUACGGAAACCGGCUGUUUGGACACACAAUCUGCGUGGUGAAUCGCUCAGAGGUUGUUGGCCGGCCACUCGCGGCUCUGUUGGCGAAUGACGGAGCUUGUGUCUACAGCGUGGACAUAACUGGUGUCCAGAAAUUUACUCGUGAGGGUCUCAAAAAGCGUAGGCACGAAGUCGUGGAUCUGGAAGGAAAGACAAUCAAGGAUGUAGCCCCUCUGUGCGAUGUUGUCAUCACGGGUGUUCCCAGCGAAUCGUACAAGUUCGACACAAGCCUCCUUAGAGAAGGCGCCGUCUGUGUCAACUUUUCUAGCGAGAAGAACUUCGGCCCAGAAGUAAAAGAGAAGGCAUCCAUCUUCGUUCCUUCAAUCGGCAAGGUGACUAUUGUGGUGCUGCUCCGGAACCUCUUGGUGAGUGACAUCUAG